AUGUUCCUGCGCCCAAGACAGUCGAUCUCCUUGAGCCUGGUGGUGAUUGCUGUGUUGGCUUUGCUUGUCAAUCCCUCCUCAGCGUCUCUGGGUGACCAUCUUCCGGACUUCAAGGAAUGCGUCCAGGUUUGCAAAACUGAGAACUGUCAGAAUGGCAAUUCAGUGCUCCCGCUGCACCUCCGCUUGCUAUUUUGGACCUGCCCAGCCGAGUGCGAUUACACUUGCCAACAUGUCAUUACCGACCGUCGAGUCUCGCGUGAUCCGCCAAUGCUGAGUCCCGUGGUGCAAUUCCACGGCAAGUGGCCAUUCCGCAGGAUGCUGGGCAUGCAGGAGCCCUUUUCCGUGCUCUUCUCCUUCCUCAACUUCGCCGCUCACUGGCACGGCAUGUCGCGUGUUCAAGAAUCGAUUCCGGACUGGUAUUCGAUGCGCAAAUACUACAUGAUGUUUGGGUAUAUUGGAUUGACUAGCUGGACGUUCAGCAUGAUCUUCCACACACGGGACUUCAAUAUCACGGAAAAGCUGGACUACUGGGCGGCAGGCGCCAGCGUCCUGUACAGUUUGUAUAUGGCGUUGAUUCGGAUCAUGCGCCUGGACUUGGAGAGUCCGCCGUAUCGCCCCACACUGCGGCGUCUGUGGACGGCGAUUUGCAUCCUGCUGUACACGAUGCAUGUGUGCUAUCUGACGUUCUGGUCCUGGAAUUACACAUAUAAUAUGGCAGCAAAUGUAGUGGUGGGCGUUAUCGGAAACUUGCUGUGGACGACAUUUAGCAUCGUACGAUACCGGCAGCAGAUGAAGUCAUGGACAGCAUGGCCUGGUAUGAUUGUCGCGUGGAUCAUACUCGCGAUGAGCUUGGAGCUCUUUGACUUCCCGCCAUGGCAGGGCAUGAUUGAUGCACACAGUCUGUGGCAUUUGGGCACUGUGGUGCCUACCGCAUGGUGGUACUCGUUCCUCAUCAGAGAUGCGCAGGAUGAUAUUGCUGGAAUCCGCCUGAAAGCAUGA